AGAUAACUGGGUAACAGUUGAGAUUCUUCUUGUGCAACAGAUCCAGACUUGCUUGUUUUCUGCAGAGUCACCGCGCAAAUGUCAAGCUGAAACUGGUUUUGGUGCGUUUGCUCUGCUGCUGUGCUACUGCUCGUCCUUUCAUAUUUGCCACUUCAGUUGGUCCUUGUGCAUUUUACUGUAAAUAAGCAGAGAUGGCAGAGCUGAUGGAAAAUGAGGUAGUGAGGGCUUUCAGUACAUAUGCAGUUAUUGUUGUUGUGAAGAUGCUACUGAUGGGGCCAAUGACUGGAUACUACCGCUUCACCAGAGGGUCUUUCUCUAAUGAAGAGGAUGUAGCCAGAAAGUCUGCAGAGGAAAAGAAGAAGCUGCUGAAAACUCACCCAGAUGUAGAACGAGUUCGAAGGUGUCACCAGAAUGACCUGGAGAACAUUAUUCCCUUCGUGAUUGUCGGCCUCCUUUAUGCUCUGACUGGACCCGAGCUUUCUGUCGCUCUUCUUCACUUUCGCAUUUUCACUGGCGCUCGGAUCUUCCACACCAUUGCCUACAUUGGGGCUCUGCCUCAGCCGAGCAGGGCUCUGUCCUGGGUCGUGGGCAUGCUGGUCACCUUCUCAAUGGCUUACAGAGUGCUCAACACAGUUCUUUUCCUGUAGAAAACAUGCUUGCCCAUAGAGCUGACUUUCUUAAAGACAUAUGCAUGUGUUUACUUUUCUCUUGCUGCAUCAAUCUGUGAGCUUGACAAAUAAACAUUCUUUGCAUAACC